CUUCCCGCCAGAAUCAAUCAGCUGAUGGCUUGUGUAGAGUGUGUGCGGUUUCUGUGAAAUAGAAGCAACAUAAGGCUUGGUGCAAGAUGUCAGGCCUCCUGGAAGGAUGUAAAACGUGCUUUGGGACGCAGAACUUAUAUGAGGUGCUGCAAGUUCAGAACAAGGCUACCGAGAACGAGGUAAAGAAGGCUUACCACAAAGUGUCCCUGAAGGUCCAUCCAGAUAGGGUGGAUGAGGCCGAGAAGCAGGAAGCAACUCGCAAGUUCCAGAUUCUAGGAAAGGUUUACUGUAUACUCUCAGAUCCAGAGAAGCGGGCGGUGUAUGAUGAGACAGGAGAGGUGGAUGAGGAGAACACUCCAGAAGAUAAAGACUGGAACCAGUAUUGGAGACUCCUUUUCAAGAAAAUAACUGUAGAGAGCAUUAAAAACUUUGAGCGUGAAUAUAAAGAAUCUGAAGAAGAGUUGAAUGAUCUGAAGCAAGCCUAUCUGGAUGGAAAGGGAAGCAUGGACUACAUCCUGACCAAUGUUCUAUGUUGCACUAUUGAUGAUGAGCCAAGAUUUACCAAGAUAUUGCAAGGAUGGAUAAAAGAGAAGGAGGUGCCAAAGUUUGACAGCUUUACUAAGGAGAGCAAGAAGAAGAAAGAGAGCAGGAAGCGUAAAGCUAAGGCAGAGGAAGCAGAAGCAGAAGAGAUGAAGAAGCAACUGGGCUUAAAUGAUACUGCAGACAGCUUGCAGGCUCUUAUUCUUGAGCGAAAUAAGAAGCGAGCAGGAGAAAUGGAUUCCUUCCUAGAUUCUCUAGCAGCCAAGUACGGAGGUGGAGCAGGAGGUAAAAAGAGCAGCAAGAGAUCAGGAAAGAAAUGAAAUUUUGCAGGCUAUGAUAUGCCAGUCUGUGCUCUUUAAAGUGAGCAAAUUUUUCUCUUGUAAAGUGACACAGUUUUUUAGUUAUAUACAGGGUGUCCCAGAAGUUGCGCACCAUACAAAUUUUUAUAAAAAUACAUGUGAAUGUCAAUUUUAUUGAUCAUAAUCAUAACAGAUGCUCGAAUUGUUCACCCUCUACAUUGAUACAUGCAUCAAUUCUCUUUGUAAAACUGUCUUUUACUCUUUUGAGAGUUUCAGUGUUGAUUCCUUGACACUCAGUUGUUAUCGCAUCUUUCAAAUCAUCAAGAGUGUGUGGAUGGUUCUGGUACACAACAGUUUUAAGAUGUACCCAAAGAAAAUAGUCAAGGGGGGGAUAGAUCUGGUGAUCGGGGUAGCCACUCCAUGGGAUCUCUUCGCCCAAUCCAUCUUCCACUAAAAGUCUAGUUCAGGUAGUUACGCACAUAAAUAAUAUAAAAAUUUGGAUGGUGUGCAACUUCUGGGACACCCUGUAUAUAUAUAUAUAU